CCGCCCGCAGGCAGCAUGUUGCUGCUGCCAGUCCUUCUGGUAGCUUCGUUUUGGUCUUGUGGAGACGCACAAGCAAUCCCGGUACAAACGCCAGAGUUGGUGACGAGGAUGGAGCGCAGCUCAGCCAGUAUAGAAUGCAGCAUGAGCAGUGAAGACAUUGUUCACUGGUACCACCAGCGUGCUGGACAGCCACCGAAGAGGAUUCUGUAUGUGUCAGGACAGUCACCUACGUUUGAUGACAGUUCCAGUAGCCGGAAGUAUAACGUUCAGAAAGAUUCUAGCGAGCCCCGAUAUACUCUCAUAAUAGCUUAUUUAACCCCAAAGGAUUCUGGCCUUUAUUACUGUGCCUAUUGGCCUUAUCGAGCUCCACAGCAUCAGAAGGGUAAAUGGUAUGCUGAUAUAAAAGUAUUUGGAAGUGGAACCAAGCUGAUUGUUUCAGACAAAGCAAAUACUGCACCAAAAAACCAUGAAAUCCUGAGUAGUGAAAACGAAAAUAAGCUGACAUAUGUUUGCCUUAUUGAGAAAUUCUACCCAGAAUUUAUUCGGGUGACAUGGACUGAAGAAGAAAAGGAAGUGACAGGUGAUGUAGUAAAUGGAGAGGUCUGGAAAUCUGCAGAUGACGAGGAGUACUCAAUUGGAAGCUGGUUAACUGUACCAAAGGAGAACAUAAACAAGAAAUAUUAUUGCAAAUAUGAGCAUGAAAGCAAAAAGGAGUCACUUCGCAUCCCUUCCUACCAUUCAAAAACAGAUCUUACAAAUACUGCUGAGGAACAGAACUGCGAUGCAUAUUUUAGAAACAGUACAACUUUUUAUGGAGAUCACUUAAUGCACCGGACGGCGUACUUAGUGUACACAGUCCUUCUUCUGAAAAGCUCCAUGUAUUACCUCAUCGUACUCUUCCUUGUCUACAAAAUGAGGACUCCAGCUAAGCCCUAUGGAAAGUAAACCGAGGAGAAUGAUUUUGGAAACCUUUGCUACACCAGCACUUAGGUUUUCUUUGCUGUAAGCUUGUUAUGUUUGCUUUGCUGUAUACUUAUUCACAGGGACCCCCUUGCUUGUUACAUGUAACAGCAACAAAAAACCAAACGGAUCUUCUAUCCCCAGUGCACACGGCCUGUUUCGCUUUAUGACUAGCUGUUUUAUAUCAAUCUCUGCUUCUCCUAAUUUUCCAAGUACUUAAAUAAGGGCGGGGGGGGGCAGUAGGAGUAAGGUUAUAUUUCUUGUAUGUUAAUAGGAAUUUAGUAUUGCAAAAUAAGGAAGAUCCUCAUAUUAAAAACAGUUAUACAGGCAGAGAAAGUUUAGAGGUUUAAUGUUUAAGGCUUAAAUGGGAGCAUUCCGGUGCUGUAAAGUGAUGGAUAUUUGCUCUUUCGACUUACAGUAUUUGUCUUAUAUUAUAUAUUGCUUUUAAAAGAUUCAAUU